CUAUGGUGGCAGAAGUAUUUUUCCAUCUAAUAAACUCAAUUGACUGGCUAUUGUUUCUUUCAAUGUAACUUUUAACAUCCAGGUAUUUUAAAUUGGGGAUUAUAAUAUGAAAGGGAAAAACGAAUGGCAAGAAAGACCCGCGAAAAGACGGAAAUCCAUAAAGGAGGAAACUGAGUCUAAGCUCGAACAGUCCUUUUUGCAGUCUAGUUUUGAAGAUGCUUAUCCUGCAAUUAUAGAAAAGCUUUCGUUAAAUAUGGAUGGAUGGCUUGGUUCCAAAGAGCUCAUGGAGCAAUUGAAAGUUCAACCUUUAGCUACGGUAAUGUCUUUGGAACCGGAAAAGCUUCUAAAAAUAUAUAAGUUUACCACAAAGAAAUUGAAAUCUAAUAACAAAAUGGAACCAAUCUAUUGUCUAGAUGCCAAUCCUCUGUCAUCGUUAGUGUCCUCACGCCUGGGUUUGUGGAGUCGUUUAUGGGAAGAAUAUGGGAAGGUUAAGUUUUUGAUUUACUUUCAAUGUUUCCUCACCUUGAAGAAUGGAAAGCUUGAAUUUAAUAUUGGGAUCUUCAUCUUGGAUUCCAUAAAAGCGCCGGAAGAAGCUAUAAUGGCUUCUGGUACUUCUUCUAUUUAUACUUCUUUAAUAGAUCAAAUAUUUCCUUCUCCUUUUAUUGAAUCAAGGAAAGAUACACAGAUAAACACAAAUCUUUUUUACGAUAAUGCUAGACAGCUGGCCAAGAGUUUACCUACCGUAGAUGUUCGUCGAGACAAACGUUUAUUAUCGGACCUGCUUCCUUUUCAGAGGCGCUCCUUAGAAUGGAUGAUUCACAGAGAAAAGGAUUCCUCGAAAGACUCAUGCUCACUUCCUCCUUUAUGGAAUGAAUAUCAGCUUCCUCAUAAUGACCGGAAAGUUUUUGUCAAUAGAACAUAUGGUUAUAUAACAUUAUCAAAGGAAAAUGUCUUUCAACUUGCUCCUGCGGCACUAAAAGGUGGUGUUCUUGCAGAUGAAAUGGGUAUGGGAAAAACAUUAGAAGUUUUGUCCCUUGUUCUUUUUCAUCAACCUCCUAUCGACAAGCUUCUUAGUACACAGUUCGAUUCAGUCCUGCAAAAGAACGUGAUAUUUUCAAAAGCAACACUCAUUAUAACGCCGUCAACGAUUCUUGAUCAGUGGAUUUCUGAAGUUGAAUUGCAUGUGCCUUCUUUAAAGAUAUCUCAUUACAAAGGUAUACGAAAGUCUUCUGGAUCAUUUUCUUUAGACCAGUUUUUAGACGCUGAUAUCGUCAUAACGUCUUAUUCUGAUUUGCGUUUCGAGCUAUUAUAUGCUGAAUCCUUCUCCAGAAACCUUCGCCAUGAGAAAAGACAUGUUCCCCCUAAGUCUCCUCUUAUUGACAUUUGCUGGUGGAGGAUAUGCGUGGACGAAGCACAAAUGGUAGAAACCUCGCAAAGUAACGUUGCUCAGAUGAUUUAUAGAAUCCCAAGGGUGAACUGUUGGGCAGUAAGCGGUACACCCGUUCGAGGUAAUGUUGAUGACCUCUUUGGUCUACUUUUUCUUUUUCGAUAUUCUCCUAUCUAUCAGCAUCGGAAGCAAACAUGGAUACAAAUUAUGGAAUUGAAUCGGGUUCAUGAAUUUUGUGACAUAUUCUCUCCAUUGGUUUGUAGAAACUGCAAACAAGAUAUUGCUCACGAACUGCGGCUACCUCCACAGCACCGCAGAUAUAUGCCAACAAGACUUACCGUUGUUGAAGAAACUAAUUACCAAGAUCUUCUUACCGAAGCAGCAAAAUCACUAAAAUAUCUGGAUGAUCAACUCCUUGACCUUUCCCAAUUAGACACUAUGAAACGUUGGCUUAUUCGUUUAAGACAAGCUUGCUGCCAUCCUCAAGUUGGUUCUGGUAAUAAAUCAGCUUUCGGUGGUGGUCCUAUGAAAAGUAUUAAUGAUGUCUUAAUGUUUAUGUUGGAACAGACAAAUUCAUCACUUUCUUCUACCAAAAGGCAAUUUUUUUCCGAUGUCGUAACCACAGGCUGGGUCUUUGACCAUCUACAAGAUUACGGUAAGGCAUUAGCUAUAUGGAACGAAAUCCUUCCAACUGUAGAAACGGUUGUUGUAGAUUUAGAGGGCGCAAUUAGUCGCACAGAAAUUGAUCCUGAUGAAAGCAAAAGUCAUCUAAAUUUGUCAUACGCAGGUCUGAACUACCCUGGUAAUAUACGAGCUUGGCAGGUUUUACUUCACAAGGUUUACUUUUUUAUUGCAAGCACCAACUUUGCUUUAAAAAACGAAGAGUUGGAGAAAAAGUAUUAUAGUCUUGCUCAAGAUUUAAGAAGAAAGAUGAUGAGUGAUAUAAUAAAAAAAACAAGUAAACAUAUUGAUGAAUUUGGCAAGCAGUUUAGCCGAAAAAACUUUGUGGUUUUACCAAAGCUACCAAAAGCAAGCUCUAAAGGAACUAUUUUGAGUUAUUUAGUAGUUGAGGAUUAUGAGCAAUUACGUGAACAGCUGAAUUUACAAGCAGAGUCUUUAGUGAAGUUUCGGGAUCGUCUGAUUUAUUUGAUGAAGCUUCCUUUAUUAGAUCAAGAGUCAGAUCCAACAGGUGACGAAUAUGAAGAGUCUUUGAAUGCGCAAUCAGAGAUUUCAUAUUGUAUUGAUGUAUAUCGGCAAAUGAUUUCUGAUAGAGUUGCUGCUAUCGACGGAACAAUUAAUACUUUUGUAUCUCAUGAAACUGAGUUGGAAAAAUACAAGCUUUUAGAAAAUAUAGAAAAUGCUCAAGAAAUAGGAGAAAAAGAAACUGAAGAACGCAACAAAAAGUAUAUGCUCUUUUUUGAAGAAAGGGAAGAGGCUCGCCCAAAGACUAAUGAAUAUGGCACUUUUGAAAACAUUUUGGCAAGACUGGCGGAUGCAUUAGGCAGAUCAAACACAUCUUCUGAGUAUACUAUCGCGCAACGAUUGUUUGAACAACUAAAUGAAGUUACGAAAGAUCAAUCUAAAACAUGCCGAAAACUCGAGAAAGAGCUAAGUUUGAUACAACUCACUUAUAAUAUGCGAAUUGAUUAUUAUAAGCAUUUGCAGGAAAUUUCAGAUUCUUUGAUACCUCCAACAGCCCCUAAAGUAAGUCAAUCGCAAGCUUCCUAUAUCAAAAUGGAGCAGAAAGAUUUAUUUGAGUCAGCUUUGAGACAUGCUGAAGAAAAAUAUAACAAAAAAUUGGAAGAGGAAGAGCAAAGUUCAAAAUCAAAACCUGCAUCCGAGAGUCUUGAUGAGAUGAUUUCGCGAAUUGAUAUUCCUGCUCACUUACUCUUGUUGAAAGAAUUGAGUACAGAAAAACAAAACAAUUUGAGGAAAAUCGGGCAUUUUGAAUCCAGACUUCGAUAUCUAUCUAAUUUAUAUGAACAUGCUGUUUUUAAGGCUGGUUCCAAACAGCAAUGCAUUAUUUGUCGAGACAUUAUAAAAAAAGGUUUCAUUACAACAUGCGGACAUUUUUAUUGUAAAGAUUGUUUAGUUGCUUGGCUGAAACACCACCCAUCGUGCCCCAUGUGCAAAUCCAAAUUGACCAAAAAUAGUGCUUAUUACAUUGGUGAAGGUUUCGACAUACGUCUGCGACAGGAGUUCGUCUUGGGAUUCCCGAAUAAGGAAAAGGAUUUGGAAGUUAUGGAUGAAGAGACUUUAAAACAGAUUGUAUCCAUCCCAUUGAAGGUUUCUUUUGGAUCAAAAAUUGAUGCUAUAGUCAGACAUUUAACUUAUUUGAAGCGAAUUGAGCUAUAUCCGAAAGUAGUAGUAUUUUCUCAGUGGUUGGACGUACUGGAAGUAUUACAUAAGUCAUUUGAGGCAAACGGUGUUUCAUAUUUAAGAUUUGAUGGCAAAACAAAAAUUAGUUGCUUGAAAAACUUUAAGGCUGAUCGCGAUAUAGAAGUAUUGACGCUUCAUUCUAGGUCACAAUCAGCUGGUUUAACGCUUACUAAUGCUACUCAUGUAAUUAUGUGUGAACCACUUUUAAAUAGCGGAAUCGAAUUGCAAGCUAUAUCAAGAGUACAUAGAAUAGGACAGACCCGACCUACCUAUGUAUAUUACUAUAUAGUCGAAGAUACUGUGGAAGAUCACAUAAUGAGUAUGUCCAUACAAAAGCAUAAACAACUUGGGAGAUUAGGUCUAGACGUUCCUUUAAUUGGUAGUAUACAAAGAAGUACGGAUUCUUCUUUUGGUGGAGAAGUCGUUGAUGAAUCGGAAAUCCGCGAAUGUUUGAAAACUGCUCUAAAAAGAUUAGAUUUGGAAGGUGAAGAAGGGCUAUGAUUUUUUGUUAAUUUUGGUGUACAUUAAUUUUUAUUUAUUUAUUUCUAAGCUAUAUCAAUGUAGGUAUUUUGAAUGUCAUACAAGUGCUUUGUAUAGUUCUGUUUUUGAGAGCAGCGGUUGCAAUUGAUCACUUUUUUUAUAAAGAUACUAUCGACA